GCGGCGGCAGCUGCGGCGACAUGAACACAACAGGGGCGGCGGCCGGGCAGCCGCCCCCCAGCUCGGAGACCCCGAGCUCCCGGAGCGCACAGCGCCCGCGCCAUCGCACGUCCGCGGCCCUCCACAACCUGGGGUAUCAGGCCGCGCAGCUCGGGGUCGGCGAGGCGCAGAAGCGGGUACUGGACCUGGAGAAGAGCCUGCAGUUCCUGCAGCAGCAGCACUCGGAGACGCUAGUCAAACUCCACGAGGAGAUUGAUCACCUGAAGCGGGAGAACAAGGAGCUCCAUUACAAGCUCAUAAUGAACCAGAAGUCAAUUAAGAGAGGUAGCAUCAACAAUUCCAACUUUCAGGCCGUCAAGCCCAUUCCAAACUCAGUGAUGUCAGCUAACUCUCAAAACAAGGCCAGGCCUCAGCCCAGCUCCAAGAAGACAGACUCAAAAACGGAUGCUCUCCAGAAGACAGACCUGGAAGAGAAGACUUCGGCUGCUGGCCUGCUUCACAGCAGCAAGUUGGACAAAGCCCCCGUGGCACAGAGGCCCUCCAGAGAUGAAGUGGAGACCUUUUAUCCAGACGCCACCUCAGUGGCAGGCAGCCAGCACAAGAGCAAGCAGGUGAUGGGGGUGCCCCGCCUGAUGAACCUGCCCCCCCACUUGCGCAAACCCACCUCACUCCAGCAGUGUGAAGUGGUCAUCCGCCAGCUGUGGAAUGCCAACCUCCUGCAGGCCCAAGAGGUGAGGCUCGGGUGGUGGGGCGCAGCCCUGGCGGCUCUGCAGCCUUGGCCGCCAUGCCUUCUCCCUGUCUUCCAGCUGCAGCAUCUCAAGUCUCUCCUGGAAAGGACCCAGAAGUCAUCCCAGGCUGCCUCCGAGGAGGCGGCCCCGAGCUCUCCCAAUGACCAGGAAGCUAUGCAGCUCUCCAAGGUCCCCACCAAGGGUGUCUCUAGGAAAUGCCUGAUCCUGAGCCCGAUUCCCGUGUCAGAGCGCGCCAUCCUGCCCGCACUGAAGCAGACCCUGAAGAAUAACUUUGCAGAGCGGCAGAAAAGGCUGCAGGUGGUGCAGAGCCGGCGGCUGCACCGCUCCGUGCUCUGAGUGCCUGCCCUGAGCAGCCUGCACCGUGGUCCCGGCCAGGCCCAGGUCACAGCUGGGGACACUCACCCUCUCUAGGCAGCAUUCCAAAAAAAAAAAUUCCACAUAAACCAAACUCACAGCAGAUAAAGUCCUUGGUCUGAGAACUGAAAAACGUUUAUUUUCUUGCUCAGUAUUUUGCUAUUCUGCAUUUACACAAGAGCGUGUUAAAAGUAUUACUUCACCUGUUGAAGAAUAAAGCUUGUUUCUCCCAGUCUUGAGUCUAGUCCCUCGCUGGCUGUCAGGUGCUGCUGCCCUGGGAGGCCCCCAGCUCUGCGCCCUAUAGUG